AUGAACCUGCACAGCCCCACCGUAGCAUUCACAACGCCAUCCAACUACGCAUCAAGAAUCUCAAAACUCCUCACACACAACGCCUACAACACCCUAUGGUGCCCCACACUACUCAUUCAACCCACCCCUUUCACUCUCACCCCUUACCUUUCCCCUCACUCCCUCGACCCCUUCUCCGCCAUCGCCUUCACCUCCCGAGCCGCAAUCCAAGCCUUCCUCCAAGCCACCACCCCUCUCUCCCAACCUCCGCUCCCCCCCUCUGGUCCCAUCUUCACCCUCGCCGCCCUCGGCAAAGAUUCCCAACUUCUCCACCAUGAAUUCAUUUCCAAAAUUUGCAGUAAUUCCGAGCGAGUUAGGGUUCUGGUUCCGCCCACCGCCACGCCCAGUGCCUUGGCGGCGGCGCUCGGGGCCGGUGGCGGCCGGAGGGUGCUUUGUCCGGUUCCGCUCGUCGUGGGACUGGAGGAGCCGCCGGUGGUGCCCGAUUUUCUCCGGGAGCUUCGGGCCGUUGGAUGGGCUCCGGUUCGGGUCGAGGCAUACGAGACGAGGUGGGCCGGGCCCAGGUGUGCUGAGGGGAUUGUGAGUGCGAGUGAGGAGCGAGGAUUGGAUGCGGUGGUGUUCACCAGUAGCGCUGAGGUGGAGGGGUUGCUUAAGAGCCUGAGGGAAUUUGGGCUGGGCUUUGGGGACUUAAGGAAGAGGUGUCCCAGAUUGGUGGUGGCGGCCCAUGGGCCCGUCACUGCGGCUGGGGCAAAGAGGCUUGGAGUGGAGGUUGAUGUUGUUAGUUCCAAGUUUGAUAGUUUUGAUGGAGUUGUGGAUGUUCUUAAUGUCACAUUGCCAAGAUUUAGAGAUUAA